AUGGCCGCUUAUAAUCACACAGAUCAUUUAAUACUUCAUGUUCCAAAUCCCGGAGCUUGUUAUUUUCAAGAUCAUAUCGUGCAUAAGCUUGCCGCUAAAAAUAAAACAAAUUUACUUGUUUUGGAUUCACAAGAUUUUAUCUUUUUAGCCCAACAUUGCUUUCAUCAUGAUGCUGCUACUUUAUUACCAAUGCUUUCAGCUAUAGAUCCUGAUUCAAAUGUUUUACUUGCUUUAAAACAAGCCAAUUUUAAUUUAAAAAGUAACGAGAAUGAGGAUAAUAAAGGUUUGAUCGGUCGAGGAAAAGUUGGGGACGCAGUAGAGGUGUACAAGAAAGACGAAGAGAAUGAAGAAGACUUGAUAGAUGAUGAAGACGUUGAGAAUGCAAAUAAAUUAAAGAUUAAAGUAAACUCGAAACCAGUAGAAAUUGACCUUAAUGAAAUAAUGAAUCAUCAACAUCAUCAUCAUCAUCCUAUUUCACUAGAAGAAGGCAAGGAUAUACAUCAAAUAUCAAAAUCAUUGUUAACUCGAGUAUCUACGAAAUACAUGGAAAUGUUUAGACAAUUCUUAUCGGAGCCUGAUGGCCUUACAGCAGGGGAUGCAGGAAAAAUAAUCUAUUUAAGAGAUUAUGGAAAUAUGCAGGAUGCCUUUACGAGAAUUAUGUUGAAAUCAUUGGUAAUGGCUGUGGAGGGUUUAAAACAAAAGGGACAUCGUCUUAUGAUAGUUGCUUCUUAUUACGAAGAGAGAGAAGGAGAAAGUAGUAUGACAACUGCGAUCUCUAAUAUGCGUCCAAUCUCUAUACUUCCUUCAUUAGAGACUGAAGAUCAAAUCAAUCAAUGGAAAUCUUUAAUGAAACAGGAUGAAGCAAAACGUAUCGCUGAGAUUAAUAUGAAACAACUUUUAGCCAUGACUAGUCAAAAGAGUAGUUUAGAGAUAAAGCCUAAAGAGCCUACUUCAUUACUCAAGGAGCUUCUCAACUUAUUAGAUUAUGAAAGUAUAUCAAAGGCAAUUUGGUCUCCAAUUGAGGUAGAUCGACGUGUGAUGAUAGCGAUAGGUCACGCAUUAAAUCGAAAUAAGAAGGUGGUAGAUGUAAAUGAUUUCAAAAUAGCGCAUGAUAUUGUUCAACACACUUUCAAGUUGAGAGAGAAAAAUACAAAAGAUGUCAUAGAAGCUAUCACACCUACUACUGUACGUUUGACUAAAGAUGGAAGUUUAGAUAUUGACUAUUUAAAAAAAAAUUGCAAUGAUUAUGAAAGAAAGAUGAUUUCAAGAAUUGUAGAUCCAUCCAAAGUCCAAGGAUCCUUUAAAGAUGUACGUGCUCCGAUCACUACGAUAGAUACCCUUCAAUCAUUAGUUUCUUUACCUUUAAAACGUCCAGACUUGUUUAAUAAAGGUAUCUUGAAACGAAAUUUUAUUCCUGGUGUAUUAUUAUUUGGUCCUCCCGGUACUGGCAAGACUAUGUUAGCUAAAGCAGUAGCAAAAGAUAGUGGAAGUCGAAUGUUAGAUAUCCAAGCAAGUGAUGUAUAUGAUAUGUAUGUUGGUCAGGGAGAAAAAAAUGUCAAGGCCAUCUUUUCCCUUGCAAGGAAACUUUCGCCUUGUGUAAUAUUUAUAGAUGAAGUAGAUAGUUUAAUGAAUAAGCGAGGAGGAGAUUUUGCAUCCAAUUCACAUCGAGAGAUUAUUAACCAACUUAUGGUUGAAUGGGAUGGUCUAUCAAGCAAUAAUCAAGGUGUUAUUGUAAUGGCAGCAACAAAUCGUCCUUAUGAUUUGGAUGAUGCUGUUCUGAGACGUAUGCCUCGACGAAUUUUAGUUGAUUUGCCAAAUGAAGAAGAUCGUAUAGAGAUCUUAAAGAUAUUAUUACGAGAUGAAGACCAUCAAGUAUCAGUGAAAGAAUUAGCCAAAAUGACUGAACAUUAUUCAGGUUCAGAUUUGAAAAAUGUGUGUGUAUCAGCUGCACUUAAAGCUGUUCAACAAGAAGCACAGAGUAAGAUACCUCAAGUGCUAACAAUGGAACACUUUAGAGAAGCUCUCAAGAUGGUUCCUCCUAGUUCAAAUGAAGAUAUGGAUAGUUUGGUUGAAAUUAGAAAAUGGGAUAGUAAAUUUGGUGAUGGAAAGAAAAAGAAGAAGACAUCUAUUGGCUUUUCGUCAUCCUAA